AUGGUAUCCACCUCCACUUCUUUUAACAAUAAGAAACGUCUCAUUGUACAACAAGACCUUUCACAAUUCGAUAUUCAUUUCGAAGCCAUUUUCGAUUAUGCACCUGCUCUUGAAUGUUUUACUCGUUAUUUGCAUGAAACUAUGAAUACAGAGAGUUCUGAUUUUCUGUCAAGUGUCAAUGAAUUUCGUAAAAUGAAACAUGAACGUAAACGUUUACAAUUGGCAAUGAAAAUGUAUGAAAAAUUCAUUGCCGAUCAAGCAUCGAGUCAACUCAAUUUGAGAAGAGAUGUUCGAAUGAAAAUUCAUAAUGUAUUAUUUCCAAAUCAGGCAGUUCCUUUAUAUUCACAUUCAUCGUCCUUAGAUCAUUCGCCAACCAUGAAUAUUCCCUCGACGUCGAAUGGUCAGCCUGUCACUUGUCCAACCAAUGUUGAAAUUGGUCACACAUUACCAAGUGGUGAGGAUCAUCCUACUCCACAACAACAACCAAAUGUAUCAACAACAAGUACUCUCCUCCAAUCCAAUCCCACAACAACGGAUGUCACUACUCCAACAACAUCGAAUGGCAGUCCCAUAACACCACUUCCAGUCCAGACUCGAAUGAACAAUCAGGAUCCUGCCACUUGUCCAAGUCGACGCGCAUCUAUGGAUUCCACGAGCAGUAGUGCCAGCUCCUAUACCAAUUCAUCAAGUAUUGGAGGUGGAUAUUCCAAACAACAACAACAACAAUCACACUCGAACACGGAAACAACAACCUCUCCUUCCAAUUUAGGAAAUCAUCCUGCAUGUCCAAAAACAUUGUUCGAUGAAGUCGAAUCUCAUGUCUUGUUGCAAUUGAAACAAAAUCAUUUCGUUUCGUUUAUUGAAUCGGAAUUCUUUUUACAAUUUUUACAGAAACAACCGUUACAAGUCUUGUAUGAAAUUGGUUCGAUUCGAGAAGGAAGUGUGUUGCAGUUGGCAGACUCGUUGUGUGAAACGUUACGAAUUGAAAAUGUCACUUGCCAAGAUUUUAAAUUUGUGAAAAAUCAACUCGUUUCGAAUUUGGCACAAGAUUGGGAAUUGAUUGGAUCAAAUGCACAUUACAAGUGUUAUCUCUCUACGAAAACCUAUGACAUGGGAGAAUCUCAAGGAUUGCAUUUCUUUAAAUUUCAUGUCACAUUUCCGUAUCAUGUCUUGCAAGUUAUGAGUACCAUGUUUGAAAUGGAAUACAAGAAAAAGAUUGAAACUCAUUUGACUCAUACCGAACGAGUGGCUUAUUUGGAAAAGAAUUUUGAGAAUUCUAAUAGUAGUAGUGCCAUGAAAGGCACUCGAUCGAGUAGUACAAGUUCCAUGGCCAGUAACAAUUCUUCCAAUUCCCAAACGAAUCAAACUGCACAUAGUCAUGCCUCUGAACUUCUAAUGGCAUCUGUCCUCGUGUAUGAAAAGUACAAACUCGUGUGGCCAUUGAGUGAUCGAGAUUUUGUAACGACACAAAGUGGUGCCUUUGAUGCCAAUUCGAACACAUAUUUUUGGAUCAUGAAAGGACUCUCUGAAUGUGCUCGAGUGAAAAAGGAAGAAAAGAAUGUCAUUCGUGGAUUGUCGUUUGGUGGAUGCUCGUUUCGAGAGUUGACUCCCAAUUCCACAGAGUAUUCUCAAUUGUUUUAUAUGGAUUUGAAAGGCCGAAUUCCCAAAUCGGUCAUUAAGGGAAUGAUUAAGGAUCGAGCCAAAGAGUUUACCAAGAUUGGAACGAAAUUGUUACAACAUAAUGAAACGAUGGGAUUCAAGGUACGAGAUGAUAACAUGGUAUGGAAAACCUUUGAAGAAAAUGGAACUCUUCAUUUGUAA